UGCAUUCCUGCUUCGGACGCUGAAGGGCUGUCACCUUCCCCUGUCUCCACAGCCUCAGAAAAAGAAAAGAGACCUCAACCUUUCCACAUCACUUUUUCUUCUAGGAAACUAUUGAGCACAGGAACCCACUGGUUGUAAGACAGAUAGAACCAAUCUGCAGUUAAAGGACAGGAUUAGGAAUAGAGAUGGCUGCUGAACCAGUAGAAGACAAUUGCAUCAACUUUGUGGAAAUGAAAUUUAUUGACAACACACUUUACUUUGUAGCCGAAGAUGAUGAAAACCUGGAAUCAGAUUACUUUGGCAAGCUCGAAUCUAGAUUGUCAAUCAUACGAAACAUAAACAACCAAGUUCUCUUCAUUUCGCCACAAGACCACCCUGUGUUUGAAGAUAUGACUGAUGCUGACUGUGAAGAUAAUGCACCCCGAACGGAAAUUAUCAUAUCUAUGUAUAAAGACAGCCUUACUCGAGGCAUGGCAGUAACAAUCUCUGUGAGGUGCAAUAAAAUGUUUACUCUCUCCUGUGAGAACAAAAGUAUUGCCUUUAAGGAAAUGAUUCCUCCUGAUAGUAUCAAUGAUGAAGGAAGUGACAUCAUAUUCUUUAUGAGAAGCGUUCCAGGACAUCACAAUAAGAUAAAAUUUGAGUCUUCAUUAUACGAAGGACACUUUCUAGCUUGUAAAAAGGAGAAUGAUCUUUUCAAACUCAUUUUGAAAGAAAAGGACAAAUAUGGGGAUGAAUCUGUAAUAUUCACUGUUCAAAGCAAGAACUAGGUAUUAAAAUUGCAUAGCUUGAACUUCCUGAGUUUUUGUGGUUGAGAAAGUUUGUAAGAGUUUGAACCUAUAAUUGUAGUGAUGAAAUAAAAUGUAUAGUGGUCUCAAAAGAUAUUACUAAGAAAUUAAUAAUAAGCUUUCACAAAAUUGAAUUGACUCCCCCUUAUCUGGAUGAAUAAAAUAUUUGCAUAAUGUAAAAAAGAAUGCAUAGUUUGAAAACACAUUCUACAUUGUUAAUUGGAACACAGAUCAUACUCAAUGGAAGUGUUUUGAAUCUUUUGGGUUAUGUUGAAAGAUAUUGAUAUUUGAAUUUUUAAUUGUUAAGAAUAUCAUUAAAGCCAUUAAGAUUUUGCCCUGGCUGGGUGAUUCAGUUUGAUAGGGUGUCACCCCAUACACCAAAAGCUUGUAGGUUUGAUCCCCAUUUGGGGUGUAUAUGGAAGGCAAAUGAUCGAUGUUUCUCUCUUACAUGGAUGUUUCUUCUUUCUCCCUUUCUCUCUCACUAAAAUCAAUAAACUUAUCCUUGGAUCAGGACUAAAAAAUAUGUACCAUCCAGAUUUUAUAAAGAGACCAUUUCAGCUGACUAAUUUCUGUCAAAGUCAGGAUAUCUUUAAAAUUCAGAUUGAUCCUGAAUCUAGCAACAUAUAAAAAGGAUUAUACAUUCUGAGCAAGUGGCAUUCAAUCCAGGAAUGCAAAUGCUUUAAUAUUCUAAAAUCAAUUAAUAUAAUAUAUCAUAUUAAUAAAGAAUAAAAACCAUACAAUCAUCUCAGUAGAUGUAGAAAAGCCUCUGACAAAAGUCAAUUCAUAGCAAAAAUUCUCAACAAACUUGAAAAAGAAGAGAACUUUCUCAAUGUGAUAAAGGGCAUCUGUGAAAAACUUACCACUAACAUCAUACUUAACAGUGAAAAAAUAAUGCGAGAAUGUCAGCUCUUGCAACUUCUACUCAAUGUACUGGAAGUUCUAGCCAGUAUAAUCAUAAGAAAAGGAAAAGACACCUAGAUUAGAAAAAGAGAAGUAAAACUGUUCUUAUGUGAAGACAACAUGAUUAUUUAUGUAGAAGAUCAGAAUACACACAUGUGUGUACAUGCACACAGACCCCUAUUAAAACUGAAGAAGCUCAGUGAGGUUGCAGGAAACAAGACUAAUAUAUGGAAAUAAAUUGUAUGUCUACAUAUGAGAAUGUACAAUUAAUUCCAUUCAUAAGAGUACUAAGAGAUAUAAAUAUAAAUUCAGCAAAAGAAGUGUAAAACUUAUAUAAUAAAGUUUUCAGAACAUUGUUGAGGGAAAUUUAAUAUGAUCUAAAUAAGUGGAGAGACAUUCCACAUUCAUUGAUUGGAAGACUCAGUAUUGUUAAGAUGAUAGUGCUCCCCAAAUUGAUGUAUGGAUUCAACUCAAUCUCUGUCCAAGUUCCAGCCGGAUUUUUUGCAGAAAUUGAUAAAUUGUACCUGAAAUGUAGAUGGCAAUCAAAAAGACAGAAUAGCAAAAACUUUUUAAAAAAGAACAAAGUUGGAAAACUUUCAUUUCCUAAUCUUAAAAUUUAAUGUAAGUUCUCAGAACUUUCUGGUACUGACAUAAGCAUAAACAGAUCAAUGGAACAGAUUUCUGAGUUCAGAAAUAAAUCCUUAUAUUUAUGGCCAGUUGAUUUUUGACAAAGACUUUUGACGAAGAUAGAAAGGAGGGUUUUCAACAAAUGGUGCUAGGACAAUUGGAUAUCCACAUUCCAAAAAUAUGAACACAGAACUUUACCUAACACUAUAUAAAAAUUAAUUCAAAAUGGAUCAGAGACACUAAUGUAAACUAAAGCUAUUAAACUUUAAGAAUAAAACAGGAGAAAAUGUCAAGACCUUGGGUUAGGCAAGGUUUUUUUAGGUCCAACAAAGAAGUUAGGUCCAUAAAAGAAAAAACUGAUAAACUGGACUUAAUCAAAAUGAAAACUUAGGGAGUGAAACUGGGCAAAGGGUACAUAGGAUCUAUCUUUGCAACUUCCUGUGAAUCCUUAAUUAUUUCAAAAUUAAAAAUUGUUUAGAAACAACUUUACAUUCUAAAGACAUCAUUAAGAAAAGAAAAAGAUAAGACACAGACUAGAGAAAAUAUUUGUCAUCAUAUAUAUGGCAAGAAAAAAAUUGUAUCCAGGAUAUACAAAAAAGUCUUACAACUGAAUAAGAGGACAAUUCAGUUUUUAAAUGUGCAAAAGAUUUGAAGAGACAUAUUUCAAAAAGACAUAGAAAUGGUUCAUAAGCACAUGAAAAGAUGAACAUCAUUAGUUCUUGGAGAAAUAUAAAUUAAAACCACAAUGAAUUACCACUUCCUAGCCACCAGGAUGUUUAUGAUCAUAAAGACAGACAAUAACAAGAUAACAAGUAGCAAAAAUGUUAAGAAACAGGAAUUCUCAUACAUUACUGAUGGGAAUGUGAAAAGUACAACUCCUUUGGGAAAGAUUUUCAGUUUCUUACAAAGUUGAAUACAAAUUUUUCACAUGAGCCAGCAAUUCCAUUCCUACAUAUCUAUUCAAGAGAAAUAAACCAUGUUCCCACAAAAACUCAUACAAUAAUGUUCAUAUCAGCAUUAUUCUUAAUAGCCAAAAAGUGGAAAGAGCCCAAAUACCCAUCAGUUGGUGAAGAGAUAAACAAAAUAUGGUAUAUCCAUAAUGAAAUACCAAUACUAAUAAAAAAAAGUGUAAAAUACAGAUACUUGCUACAAUGUGAAUGAACUUUAAAAAGAUGCUAAAUGAAAGAAACCAAACAGAAAAGAUUACAUAUUACAUGAUUCUAUUUGUACAAAAUGUCCAGAAAAGGAAAAUCUACAGAGAAGUGAAUUCAUGUUUGCCAGGGUUCUGGUGGGAAGGGGGAUGAAUUGUAAACAGACAUGAAAGAUCUUGGAGAGAAGAAAAUGCUCUAAAACUGGAUAUGGUGAUGGUUGAACAACUAGGUAAAUUUACUAAAAAUCAUUAAAUGGUACACUUAAAAUGGGUAAACUUACAAUAUAUAAAUUAUGCCUUAAUAAAGUUAUUUUAAAAACAAA